AUGGCUUUAACAGAGACCAGAAGUCUUAGCAAUAGACUGAAAUCACGAUGCCAGUCAGCGCCUCUUCAGCGUCGACGAACUUUAGAUGAAUUUCCAAUGAAUUAUUCCCGAAUUGAGGCAAUGGCCAUGGCACAAAAAUGGAGGAACAAUAAGUUGCUGAAAAAUGACAAUAUUUCCCGGAUUACUGAAGAAAGUGACAAUCUAAGAGAGUAUGGCCGAAAAAGAUUCGAUUACGUGGUGAAAAGUGCUAAAGCAGACCUGGUGGCCAACCGGAAGAUAAGUUGUGACCGACUUCCGGUGACGCCUUAUAACGGACCAUCACGUUACGGAAGUCCUCUUUAUAAUAAGACGCCAUCUUUGUUGAGUACGAUUCGUCUGCGUCCACAAUCAGAAUAUGGAUAUACACAUAAACCGCAAGAACACCCAGAAAUCCAAAGAGCUCUCCUUCAGAGCAAUGAUGACUACAACCUUCGACUUAAUCUGGAUUCUGAAUUGUCAGGAACGACAACUCCAGUAAGAACCAUCACCAGUGAUUACCUUUUCGUUCCAAAAUCUACGUCUGCUAAAAGCAUGCACGAGACUUUCAGUAACUGGACAGAUUUGAAUGACAGUUGUGUAUCACCGGAUUACAAUCUAUCCCAAACGAUAAUUACUUCUCCAAAACGACGUCUGUCAUCUAAAUUCUUGGAUUAUGUGUCUUCUGCCUCGUCGUCAACAACAUCUGAAUCGGAAAUGCCUCAAGGUUUAACCUCCGGUACUGAAAAUCCUGAAGAAAACAGCACGAUCCCUCUCCAGGUACCAGAAAGCUCCGAUACCACACCACUUCCGGUACAAGAAGCCAAUCUCAGUAACCCACCACCAGUGGAAAAGGAGCCCAAAGAGAAACCACGGCCUAGAAAAUCCAGACGAUCUCGUCCAAAAUGUUGGGUAGAUGAUGUGACAGUUUCCAGCGAGCCGUCUGUUCAUCUCACUCCGGAAGUUCCAGUUGAACCGGAAGAUAAGGAAGUGGGACAGACCGGAACGGAGCAGCAUCCAACACUUCCGGAACCGCCUGUAAAAACAGCAGCUCAGUUGGCGGAAGAGCUUCUCAACCCAGAUGAUGUGGUAGGUGGGGACAAUCCCGAACUCGUCCGAGAAGAAUUCAACAUUUUAAAUUUGGAGGACGUGAAAGAACGACAAAUCGAACUGCCGAAAUUUUUAUGUCCGAGUUCGGAAGAGAAAUCCCGCCAAGUGGCCAUUAAAGAUUGGUUAGCAGGUACUUGCUUUACGUCUGCUCGUCACCAGAUUCCUAUGUACUGA